GUAUUUUUCCUCCGAGCGCACGGUGGGUCCUUCGUAGGAUUUAAGCAGGUCUGUCUCGCUAGUCGGGCUUUGCGCGAUUGAGACAAUGGCGUGGCAACCUAUGGAGAUCAAUCCCGAGAUGCUGAACAAAGUGCUGUCCCGUUUAGGGGUUGCCCCUGGCUGGCAGUUUGUGGAUGUGCUGGGGUUUGAAGAGGAUUCCUUGAAUGCUGUACCCAGUCCAGCUUGUGCACUGCUCUUGCUCUUUCCUCUUACUGCCCAGCAUGAAAACUUCCGAAAAAAGCAGAUUGAAGAACUGAAGGGUCAGGAAGUGAGCCCAAAACUCUAUUUUCUGAAGCAAACUGCUAGUAACUCCUGUGGAACCAUUGGUCUUAUACAUGCAGUGGCUAAUAACCAAGAUAAAAUACUAUUUGAUGAAGGGUCUUCUCUAAAGGAAUUCCUCACUGUAACAGCUGGACUCUCUCCAGAUGAGAGGGCAAAACGUCUUGAAAACAGCAAGGCCAUCCAAGAAGCCCACAAUGCAGUGGCACAAGAAGGCCAGUGUCGAGUUGAAGAUGACAAAGUGAAUUUCCAUUUCAUUCUCUUUGCCACUGUGGAUGGACAUCUCUAUGAACUGGAUGGCCGGAUGCCUUUCCCUAUAAACCAUGGAGCUAGUUCAGAUGAUACUUUGCUGAAGGCCUCUGCUAAGAUCUGCCGACAGUUCACAGACCGUGAGCAGGGGGAGGUCCGCUUUUCCGCUGUGGCACUAUGCAAGUCUGCUUGAAGUUGAGGAAUUAAAGGAGCCCUGUAGCCCGUCAUGGAAAGCAGUUCAAACUUUAGUGCUUUGGUACUUGUGUUUAAAAAAAAAAAAAAAAGCUGUUUUUGGUCUGGAGUUUAAACUAUGUUGCUGAACCUCCUGCCUCUUCCCCUACGUACUCACAGCGGCUUCAGCAGCUUUUGUCCAAAAGCCAAGCUCAAACCCGUCAACACUUCAGAUGUAAGAGAUGUUGGAACUUUUCUUGACUGUAACUUGUUUAAAAAUGCUUCAUCGGGCUUGACUUGUGCUUCCGAGUUUCUUUAAGUUGUUGUGACUUUGUGUCAAUCACAAAAAUAAAUUUCUUCUUGCUACUCCAAAA